GUCUAAACACUGGUGGAUAUUCCUCCAGCCAGAUCUUCUUCAUUCCUUUCUCCACUUGUGGGAUUUUACUAGUUGUAACCGAGAUUUAUGAGGUCAUCAAUAUGGGUGACUUGCCAUGUCCACCAUAUCCUAACCGAAGAUUGGAGGCGCGGAUAAUUAGCAAGGAAAAGCUACCAAAGAUUUGUUUAGUUGCUUCUGCUACAAAGCACUUCUCAGCCAAGACUUUGGCAUGUAUAACUAAAGUGAAACAGAGUGUACAGACUAGUGGAGCUGCUGGUGAUAUUGUCAUAUUUUUGGCUACCACUGCUGUUCUAGAGGUUGUAAGAAGGCUGAGCAAAGCUAGAUGUCCUUUUAUUUGGCAAGGUUUGCAGGCGCUGCAAGUUUUAUGUUAUCCACCAUUUAAAUGGAUCCAAAAUUGGGCUCCUUUGAAGCCACUGGUCAGACAAUUGCAGAAAUUGUCUAGGCCAAUGCUAUUGCUGUCAGUUGCAACAGUCUUCUCCGAUCAGUCAUCAUCUACAGGAGAAACGACCCCAAAUGACUAUCAUGAUUCUCAACCAUAUCCACAAGCCAGAUCUCAUGAUGAAGCGCAGGAUGAUGGUUAUCCUGAAAGAUGGUUGCUAGAACUCCAUAAGGAACUUAGGGAGGAGGGUAUUAGUGUACCUGAGAGGUUGAAUGAUGAUGAGCUCCGUCAAUUUUAUGCUGCUACAAAUGGUGAUUUUGCAAGGUUGCUUUCAUCAGUUAAGAAAACCAUUAAAUGGCGGCAGAGUUACACAUUUCUUUCACCAGAAGAGCUUGAGGCUUGGUCUCCUUUCAUUUUUUGGCACAGUCGUGAUGCCAAUCAACGGCCUUGCCUCAUCAUUCGCCUUGGACCUGCUUGCUCCAACCUGAGAACGACUGGCAGAUCUCUCUUGAUAAAAGCAGUUGUUUCUCAGAUUGAGCACGGUAUUCUGAGCUUGGUCAACGCGGAAAAUCCUCAAGUAACUGUCUUGAUGGACUGUGAAGGACUCUCUCCACUUGGUUUUCCCAUACACAUGAUGAGAUCCUGUGCCAUGCUCUUGCAGGAUCAUUAUCCUAAUCGUCUUAGCUCUUUGAUUAUAGUACGGCUCCCUCAAGUUGCCCAAAUAAUAAUGCAAACGUUCUUCCAGGUCCUUAAACCAGCCACACGCCAGAAGGUGAGAAUCAUCGGGAGAAACCAUCUAGAGUUUCUAUCUAAUCACCUCGAUUCAAUCCCUCCGUUUCUUGGUGGAAACUGCUCAUGCUCAAAAUGCUCAGAACUGAGCAAUGCAGAAGGUAAAUCUAAUGAAGCGACGAAGACACAUCCAACACCUGAUCAUGUAAACAGAUCCGACAAGGUCACUCAGACAGGACCAACACCACCUGAUCAGUUGAAUGAAUCCAAUGAGGCCACUCUGACAGAACCAGCCCCCGAUCAAGUGAAAGAUAGCCCCGAGCUUAAUCACAACAAUGUCUUCAACGCGAAUAGCUGCAAGGAAGACCUGAUAAAGACCAUCAUCAUCGGUAUACUGAUGAUAUGGGUAUUCGUUGCUGUGAUUUUCGUAAUGGAUUAUCCAGAAAGAUGGCCUCUUUUGCGUUCGACUUAGGUAAUAAAGUCUGUGCUUCCUACACAGAAUAACAAAUCUGCACUCUCUCAAGCAAUAGAUUUUUCAUUAGCCUUAUCAUAGAUGAUUUACAUAAUUACUUGUCAAUGUACAGCAUUUCGAAAGAACCAGCACCUGCGCGAAAAGAUUUUCAUACUAGAAUUUACAGCAAGUAGUUUGUCAAUAAAGCAGCGAGGAUUCAUAUAGUCGACCUAACUUGUUUGAGGCUGAGGCGUAAUGUUUGGUACUUCUAAUGAUGUGUUCUCUAACAUUUGCCAAAAGUAUUCUUUAGGAAGAACAAAUUUCAGAUAUGGUUUACAUCUAUCUGUUUAUUUUAAUUUGGUUAUAACAAGUUAUUUAUUCCA